CUAACGCAUACUAGCGUACUAAACAGUACGCCGAAGCUAGUACUCCACCCUGGGUGUUUCAAUAGGUAGCGUACUGUUUAGCACGCUAGUGCGCUCCCGGCUGUUCAGAGCCCAGUGGAGUGGGAUUGGUCGGAAGAUGACGGUGGCUUCUUGAUUGUCCGAGUUUGUUUUAUUCAAGGCUGCUGGAAUUUAGCUGCUUCUCGGGCGGGCAGGAAAAGUUGUCCUUUUUUUCUGCGUCUGCAAAUCGCCUCAGUUUUUUUGCAUUCCUGGAAGAGCGUCUGUGUGCUCUCCGUGUUGUAUUUAUUUAUUUUUUUUAAACUCCCAGUUCCUCCAGGAUGAUGUUAGCAGCAGGGCUAUCUGGCUAUUUCUGAUUAGCUUAACGCUAAAAGACAGCUAACGGGCUCGAGAGCGGCUAGUGCAGUUAGCGUCACUAGAACUGCUAGCAAGGCGGGAUUAGCUGCAGGUGGUUAGUGGUUGUGGUAAUUAGCUUAGCUUACCUCAGUUUACCUCAGGUAGGUUUAGCAGUGCUAACCAGGCUAGCAGUCUGGCUCUAUCAUACACAACCCUGUUGCAGAGGCAAGUUAGCUAGCAGUUUAGCUUCCAGCUCGGAAAAGCGACCAAACUCUGGCUUUUGAAUAAUUAAACAGGUUUAUUGACUCUGGGGAUAAUGGAGUGUGUUACACCUAAUCGCGAUUAGGACCACUCGCUCUGCAGUAUGUGGUGUGCCAGAGCCAGUCCCCUCUGUGCGUGUAGCGUAUCGCUCCAUCACACUUCUCCUCCCAUUCUGGCUUGAUGGCGCUCUGCGUUUUUUCAGCUGGUCAGCGAUGAACGUACGCGAGGCGCCCGCUUCUUUAACCGGACGCUUCUGAAUCACAAUUGAAAAGGAGGACUUUGAUAAGAAGCAGCACCAGGAUCGGACCACGGACCUCGUUCUUAGUCACACACAAGGCGUCCCACGGGAUCAUGGCUUCAGUGUGGAAAAGACUGCAGCGUGUGGGAAAGCAUGCAUCCAAAUUCCAGUUCGUGGCCUCUUAUCAGGAGCUCAUGGUGGAAUGUACGAAGAAAUGGCAACCAGACAAACUCGUGGUGGUGUGGACUCGCAGGAGUCGACGGAAAUCCUCCAAGUCUCAUAGUUGGCAACCGGGCAUCAAAAACCCAUACAGAGGCGUGGUGGUGUGGCCUGUUCCUGAGAACGUGGAGAUCACCGUUACUCUGUUUAAGGACCCUCAUGCAGAAGAGUUUGAAGAUAAAGACUGGACCUUCGUUAUUGAGAACGAGUCCCCGUCAGGUCGGAGGAAAGCCCUGGCCACCAGCAGCAUCAACAUGAAGCAGUACGCGAGCCCCAUGCCCACGCAGACGGACGUCAAGCUCAAAUUCAAGCCUCUCUCCAAGAAGGUUGUGGCGGCGACGCUGCAGUUCUCGCUGUCCUGCAUCUUCCUGCGCGAGGGCAAAGCAACAGACGAAGACAUGCAGAGUCUGGCCAGUCUGAUGAGCAUGAAGCAGGCCGACAUCGGCAACCUGGACGACUUUGAGGAGGAGAACGAGGAGGACGAGGAGAACCGCGUCAAUCAGGAGGAGAAGGCUGCCAAAAUCACAGAGUUGAUCAGUAAGCUGAACUUCCUGGACGAGGACGAGCAGGAGCAAAACCUCACCAGCUCCAACCCCUUCGAGGAACCUGAUGACCCUGUGGACCUUAAUCCAUUCACUGACCCUGAUGAGGAGGAAUCGGGCCCGGCACCCGUUCUGGAGUCCACCGUAAAAGACGAGGGCUCUGCGAAUCUGCUGAACCCAUUCGACGAGCCAGAUCCGGAUCCAGAGCAACCGGAGUACAAGAACCCCUUUGAUGAACCAGAGCCAGAGAGCUUACCCCUGAAAGGCAGCACCAGGAAGACCCCACGUCCUGUAGACAUGAGCAAAUACCUGUACGCGGACAGCAGCAAGACGGAGGAGGCCGAGGAGCUGGACAAAUCGAACCCGUUCUACGAGCCUAAGUCAGGCAGUCCAGAUCAGUCCGCCGCAGAAAGCACAGCUGCAUCGAAGAACACCAAACGGCGUGCUCCUCUGCCCCCUGCUGCCCCCUCAGUGACCCGCACCAGCCCUGCAGUACCCAGUGACCCCAAACCAGCUGUGCCUGAUAAGGUGUUCAUCACGUGCCCUGCACUCGGCCCGAGAGACCUGGCCUCUUCCUCACCAAAGGCCAGCCCGGUGCCCAGUCCAGUUUUGGGAGGAAGGCCGAAUGCCAGUCAGUCGUUGCUCGUCUGGUGCCGAGAGGUGACCAAGAACUACCGCGGAGUUAAGAUCACCAACUUCACCACAUCGUGGAGGAACGGCCUCGCCUUCUGCGCUCUGCUCCACCACUUCAGGCCAGAUCUCAUUGACUACAAGUCUCUGAAUCCUCAAGACAUUAAAGAAAACAACAAAAAGGCAUAUGACGGCUUCGCCAGUUUGGGCAUCUCUCGGCUGCUGGAGCCAGCCGACAUGGUGCUGCUGGCGAUCCCAGACAAGCUGACUGUGAUGACGUACCUGUACCAGAUCCGUGCGCACUUCAGCGGCCAGGAGCUGAGCGUGUUACAGAUCGAGGCCCAGGCCGGCCGCAGCACCUACAAAGUGGGCGACUUCCAUACUGACACGGAGAGCUCUGUGGCUCACGACACCUUCUACGCCGAGCUUCACAACCAGACACAAAAACCCCAUCCUGAUGAGGAAGGGGAGGAGCCAGAAGACGCCGCGUUAACCGAAACUCCUCCCUGUACGUCCUCCGUGACGAACAAAACAAACCUCGAUUCUUCGCAAGCUGACGCAUCGGAGACGAAAGCCGAUGCGAUCGAUGCAGUCGAAGCAGGGAGAGAGAAGGAGAAGGAAAAAGAAAGGGAUGGAGUGGCUCCAGAAGGUCGAGUGCAACCACAGGCCUCUGUUUCGCACGCGCACACACUCGGCUUCAGCAACAGCCGAGACACAGACACGAACAAGAAAAGGAGCGCGAGACAGAACGAAGUGGACAGCACGACGAAAGAGGGCAGCUCGUUACAGACCAACCAUACGGGCACGCCCAAAAAACACACACAGGAUGCUGCACCUGUCCCUGUCCCUGUGUCUACCGGCAACGAAAAGAAAGCGCAGUCUCGUCAGGAGGAGCUGAAGGAGAGAGCUCGCCUCCUGCUGGAGCAGGCUCGCAGAGACGCGGCCCUGAAAGCCAGGAACAAAACCGUCCCAAGCACCACCUCACCUACGCACACACGCCCACCGCAGGCCAUCGACGAGCGUGACGAGGAGAGGCGCAGGCAGCUGAGGGAGCGAGCGAGGCAGCUGAUAGCAGAGGCUCGAUCAGGAGUGAAGAUGGCGGAGUUCCCUCUGCACUCAGACACCUCCACUUCUGCAGGAGAGUUCAAAGGAAGGUCAAAGGCAGCUGGAGACAUCGUGAGUAGGGUGUGUGUUGAUGGUGAGGAAGAGAGGGUUGAAGAAGAGGAGGAAGUGGCACCGUCGCCUGAUGAUGAUGUCACGGUUUGUGAUAAUGAGGAGGAGCCAAUGGCCUCUUGUCUACUGGAGGAUGACUUUACUAACUCGGCUACUGACCUGGCUUCUUUGGGAGUGAUGAACAGCAGGCAUGUGGACCUAAAGCUGAAGAAGCUGACCGAGGUUCGACCUCACGGCGGAAGCUCACCUUCGUCGUCGUCCUCUUCCUCGUCCCUCACAGCGUCCACCACAUCACCACUCAGCCCAGGAGAUGAGACCCACCUGGGUUUGCAGAAUAACAGCGAGGAGCUGAAGGCCGAGCGUCUGCGCAGAGCGACGGAGCGUCUCCGCAGUCCCGUCAUCUUCAGCAAGGAACCAGCCGUACGCAAGACGCAGCUCAAGUCCUUCAGCCAGUACGUAGAGAGCAGGCCAGAGGUGAAGAGGCAAAGGUCAGUGCCUGAGGACCUGAAGCGAGCGGGUGAGGACAGGAGCAGUUCCUCCGAGGUGGAAAACCGAAAGCCGGCGGAAGACGAGAAGGCGUUCAGAGACACGAGCCAGUACGUGGUGGGCGAGCUGGUGGCUCUGGAGAGCGAGCAGAGGCAGAUCGACACGCGCGCCUCGUGUGUGGAGAAGCGCCUGCGCUAUCUCAUGGACACAGGGAAGAAUAAGGAGGAGGAGGAGGCCAUGAUGCAGGAGUGGUUCACGCUGGUGAAUAAGAAGAACGCUCUGAUCCGGCGCCAGAAUCAGCUCUCUCUGCUGGAGAGGGAGCAUGAUCUGGAGAGACGCUUCGAGCUGUUGAACCGGGAGUUAAGAGCAAUGCUGGCGAUUGAAGAUUGGCAGAAAACCGAGGCCCAGAAGCAUCGAGAGCAGCUGCUUCUAGACGAGCUGGUCAUACUGGUCAACAAGCGCGACGCCCUGGUCCGAGAUCUCGACGCACAGGAAAAAGAGGCAGAAGAGGAGGAUGAGCACCUGGAGCGGACUCUGGAACAGAACAAAGGAAAGAUGGCUAAGAAAGAAGAAAAGUGUGUCCUUCAGUGAUUUUCCAAACAGACACUAAAACUUGCUAAACUUGCUACAGACUUAAAAAACAAAAAAUUGAUUGUUUACUACAAUUUUGAGAAAUGUAUUAUUAUUAUUAUUACUACUAUAAUCACAAGCAUUGCAUACUUGUUUAUUUUGGCUUUACAGAAAAGUUUGGUCACCAUUUGCAGCCCAAAACUGGUGCGAGUUAAUUCGCUAAUGCCUUUGGUUUUCUUUAUACUGAGAGAUUACAUUUCAAAAACACUAAUCGGUUCUUUUCUUUUCUGUUUUGUGUUGUGUUUGUGCUGAAAAGGUACUUUUAUGUGAUUUUAAACUUUUUUUUUUUCUGAAGAACCGAAUAACCACGUCAGACAGGAAGCUCCAUGAUGACGAUCCACUGACACUUCCUGUUUGUUGUUUCAGACAGACGCGUAGCUUCAAUGUGUGUUAAUUUCCCAGUGGAGAUUAGGACUGAACAUUUUGAGGUACAACACCACAUGGUUUUAUUGUAUAGGGAAUGUUUUGGGGUUUUUUUUUCUCCUUUUCUUUUCAGCAUUUCAAAAAAAAUUUUUUUUUUGCAGCGUUUUAACAAUAAUGACUCUAAACAGUUUCAGCAUAUCGUGUUUUAUUCCAAGCAGUGUUUAUUACUUAAUGUAUAACGUUUAAUUCAACUACUUUUUAAAUGUAUAGGAUAUCUUCAAAGGGGAUGUUGCAUUUUAAAAAGAGAGAAAGAAAAACACCUUUUUUUUUUUUUUUUUUUUUUGCUUUGUUUGUUUUUCACAUUUUUUGUUUUACCAAAAAGUUUAGGAUGUUCCAUAGAGGGAAUAUUAGAGUACUUUUAAGUACUUUUUAUUUAGACUGAAUGGUUAAGAUGUACAUUUCAUUUCACUGUUUGAGCGAAGAAGAAGAAAAAAAAGCACGUGAAAUCCUGUUUCCAGGAGCAGUUUGAGAUCCGAAUUAAUUUAUUGGUGUGUCCUUUGCGACGACUAACCAUCUUUACAACCUUGUGCAUUAACUCAAGGACCUUGUUAAUAUUUAUUGUAUACUUUAAAAAAAAAAAUGCUUUCAUACGCCAUUCUCUGGUUCACCUUCGCGUGCUGCUGUCUUAUUGUGUGAACGUUUGUUUAUUUAUUCUUAAAAUGACCAGUCAUCAAUAAAACCUGAAAUGCUUUCAUACUCUUAACAAAA